AUGCCGUUCACCUUCUACCCGGAAGACUGGGCGAUAGAGCGCGCAUUCGAUGCGAAGGUCUCUUUGCUGAGAAGUCGAAGCGACUGCGCGCGGCCCCAGCUCAUCGUCAAGAAGGUCCUCAAGAUCGAGCCUAAUUCAGCAAACGACCCAAAGCCAUUUGAGACGCGUGUUCUUGCCUUGCUACCAAGAUGCAACAGAGUUGUCCACGCUCUCACAUGCGUUGCAUCUGAUGACCCCAAGGUCGGUAUUGCGCUCUUUGAUUAUUACCCUCUCGGAGACUUGGCAGUAUGGAAGGAGCGAAAGUUCGACCUGAAGAACCACAAGCCAGUGCCAGAGAGCUUCAUAUGGCGGUUCUUCCUGCAGAUGGCACAAGCUCUGGCGUUCAUCCACAACUGUAUCGGACCAGGUCGCGAAGGGCGACAUCCUCUACUUCAUCGAGACAUGAAACCGAAAAACGUGCUGGUUGUAGACAUUGGUACAACAUACAUGUCCUUCAAGCUCCACGAUUUCGGCUGUGCAAGUGUCUGGCAAGAAGAGAAGCAGAAUCAGAAAUCAUACUGCGGAACUUUCGAUUGGCAGCCCCCCGAAAAUCCAAGAAUCAACACCAUGGCGGCAGAUAUUUGGGCGCUAGGUGCUUGCGUACAUUUCCUCGCCACGGGAAAGAAGCCAGUUGCGGAUGCAAAGGAGUACAGAGCCGCUCGUUUGGAUAGGGCCAAAGAGAGUCGAGGAACAAUGGAAGAUUAUUCCUCGCGGAACCGAUACUAUGCAGCGACAGCUCCAAGGCAAGUGAUCCCGAUCAAUCUUGAUGCAGAGAUGCAGGUCCACCGCGGUAUUGCAAGCCUGGACUCCUGCAACUACCAGUACAGCGACGAGCUUAACGUCCUGUAG